AUGGCGUCCCCUGACGACUACGCAGUCGGAUGGGCUUGCGUGCUCCCGAUAGAGGUCGCCGCAGCCAAAGCAACGCUUGAUCGUGUCCAUGACAAUCUACCUCCAGAUCGAAUCUCGGGCGGCAACAACAACUACAUUUUUGGGAGUCUUCAAGGCCACAAUGUCGUCGUAGCGUAUCCGAAUCCUGAGAUGUGUGGUAAAAUGUCGGUAGCCGACGUGGCUACGCAAUUGCAAGCAAGCUAUACAUUUGUCCGGUUCUAUCUUAUGGUCGGUAUUGCGGGAGGAGUGCCAGCUACAAAGGAAGAUAUUCGUCUUGGUGAUAUUGUUGUCAGUAAGUCGACAGCUGGUUGGCCUGGUGUCGUCCAGUAUGAUGUAAACGGAGAGCGAACGAAAGAUCAGUUUGUUCGCGACAAAGCGUUAGAUCAGCCAGCACCAUUGCUUCUAACAGCCAUGGGGAAGGCCGAGACAGCCGCAAUUUUUGACGAAAGUGAGAUGCCCCGGUAUAUCAGCGAGAUCGUGCAGAAAGAUCCCGCCACCUUUGCCCAUCCUGGCCCAGAGCAAGACGUCCUCUUCGAGCCGAGUUAUGAUCACGCAAACAUCGAAUCCGAAGAAAGUGGAUGCAGUCAUUGCGACCCGAAUAGGAUCCGAUCCCGGCAGCCUCGUGGGGUACAGGAUCCCGUAGUUCAUUAUGGCUUAAUUGCCUCCAGCUCUCACUUGACUCGCCACGGAGCGACCCGCGACAAGUUCGCCCACAAGCAUGGCAUUCUCUGUUUCGAGACGGAGGCAACCGCCAUGAGGGAUGCUGCCCAGUACUUGGUCAUUCGAGGAAUUUGCGACUACGUAGAUUCGCACAGGUCCGAAGUCUGGCAUGGAUUCGCCGCAGUGGCUGCCGCAGCAUAUACAAAAGAGGUUCUCUCUUUUAUACCCACAGUGUCCAAGACGAUCACAAACUCAUAUGCCGAGGCCGCGCCCGUUCUUGACGCUUUGCUUCUGACAAGACCCGAGGUUGAUCGGAAGUCCCUCAUUGCAUUAAAAGGGCGCAGGGUUGACGGCACCUGCGAAUGGCUUACACAGCAUCCCCAUUAUCAAGAUUGGUUGGCAGAUGCGAGUCACCCAAUCCUCUGGAUCUCAGGUGGCCCUGGAAAAGGGAAGACAAUGCUGGCGACUUAUAUCACCGAGGUACUACAGCCAGUCGUUGACGCCGCCGAUAAUAUUCUCCUCUAUUACUUCUGCAGUAACCGCGACAAGAAUCGGAACACCGCAUUGACCAUUAUGAGAGGCAUCCUGCAUCAAUACAUCGACCUUAGUCCGCAUCUGGCCAAUGACAUUAAGAACUCCUUCGAAGGGACUGAGACAACCAAAUACACCAUUUCCAGUUUUGCCUCAUUGUGGAGAGUUUUUCUGACCCUACUUCAACAGAGCACGUCCUCACAGGUGGUCUGCGUUCUAGACGGUCUAGAUGAAUGCGAAAAGGAAUCACUCAGGCAGCUUCUCGAUGCCGUAGGGAAUUACUUGUCAAAAUCUGGGGAAAAGGCAAGGCCACGGCUGAAGCUCAUUAUCCUUUCCCGACCACAGGUAGCUGUUUUAGAGAGCAAACUCGGCCAAUACCAGCAGAUCAAGCUGGACGCCUCCGACACGGAGAUUUCGCAUGAUGUCGAGAGAUAUAUCUUCGCCAAAGUUGCCGAACUGGCAUCCGAGCAGAACCUUUCAGAAAAGAUGGUCGCGCAGGUCCAGCACAACUUGCUGGCUGGCGCUGAUGGGACCUUUCUGUGGGUUGGAUUCGUUGCGAAUGAGCUUCAGGGCAGGAGUUGGAGCAAAAUCGAUGAAAUUCUCCGCCAUGUUCCUAAAGGCUUGGGUGGGAUUUAUCAACGGCUUCUUCAGCAGAUCUGCGACAAGGAAGCAUUGGUUCCCAUUAUGCAAUGGGUCGUUCUGGCUGCCCGGCCCCUCACACUGGAAGAAUUGACUGUGGCCGCAGGGAUCAAGACGGCCAGUACUCUUCCAGCAACGCAAGUGACCAAGAAUCGGCUUAGAUUCGGCGGGUUGCUUGUGAAAGUCGAAGGAGAUGUCGUCAACCUGGUUCACGAGUCGGCGAAGGAGUUCUUUCAGAGCGAUCAAGUGGACAUCAAAGGGAUCAACAUGUUCCAUAUGAGUCAGGACACCCACAGGACUCUCAUGCAGACCUGUUUAGCACACGUCGAACGCGGAUACAGAAAUCUCGGUAGUCUUCAUGGAAAGUCUGAGGAUGAUCCCUUCUUAUCUUAUGCCAGUCAAUAUUGGCCGGUACAUUUCCAACACGCUUUUCCUGUGGUCGAUGCACCGUCCGAGUUCUCACGCCCUUUCUUCCAAGUCGACUCGCCGAUUCGGGACGAAUGGUGGAAAUUCUACUGGGAGCAGGAGAAGAACGGCGGAAGCCCGCCCUCCUUCACACUCUUGCAUCUCGCGGCAUACUUUGGCAACGUAACUUGGGCCAAGUUGUUGAUCAGUCAGCAUGACCGCCUCAUUUCGCGAAAGGACAACUACGGCCGGACGCCGCUGUCCUGGGCCGUCAACCAAGGUCAUCGAGAAAUGGUAGAACUGCUGCUUGAUCAUGGUGCGCGUGUCAAUUUCAAGGAUCGAAGCAUGUUGACGGCACUCCAUGUCGCGGUCACCGGACAGCACAGGGACGUCAUGUCUGUGCUGCUCGAACACGGCGCCCGUCUCGAGGCCAAGGCAGAGCAUGGCGACACGGACACGCCGUUGACGCGAGCCAUUCUGGCGAAUUCGAGAGAAAUGACGCAGGAGUUACUUGAGCACGGAGCGCGCGUGGACAAAUUACCAGCUCUCCUGGGAAUUGGUACCCUGAAGGGUUCUACGGAACCGGUGGACGAGCGGGUGGAAGAGCUACUUGGGCUCCAGGAACAGGUAUUCCAUGCACGUUUCAAACGUUCGUCGCGAUUCGUCGACCUGGUCAUGAAAGGGAUGGGCCUUUCCCUCCGCUUUCCCCUCGUUCUCAAAUUGAUGUCCCUCUAUCUCAAGUCUAUGACCUUGCACCGCUGGGACAGUUUGUCUGUACUGCAGGAGCUUGUCCAGGAGAACAAAACCGAUGAGCUGCGAGAAUGGGCGAAGCUGUACCAUGUAUUUUUCGUGGGGCUGAUGGUCGCCAGGAAUCCGAAGAGGCUGAAGUCCAUGGGCGACCUGCCGACGCAGAUCUUGCAGAAGGUCGCACCCAGAGAUCUGCAGGCUCUGAUGGCCAUCACGGUCUUCACCGGUAUGGGAGCGAAACAUGCGGCCAUCCAACACGGAUGGAGACAAGGAGAUGCCAUCACAGCUGCGGCGAUUUCAGAUUGGGCCGCCAUCGCCUGCGACAGGGACGCGUUGGAGUUCUUCCACUUCGGCAUUCGUGAAUUCCUGAGAGACUUCGAUGGCUGUGUACGGAAUGGGAAUCGGGAAGAGAACGUACUUCGGACGGCCUUACUCAUGACGUGCCACUUCGCCAUGAUCGACAAACAGGAACCUAGGCCGAUCGAGUAUUUCUCUCGGGUAGUCGCGGAGUUCUUCGAAGGAUACAUCGGCAGCAGUCACGAGGUUGAAUUAUUCAGCGAUGUGAAUGAAGCGUGCGCCAACGAGCUAUUCGUUAUUAGCGAGUGUCGCGACUCGGCCAGAUUACGUCUUUUUCUGACUAGUAUCCUCCAGUUCGCCCAGCAGGCCCACGAGAAGGGACAUGACCGCUUUCUCGACAUACCCUCCGCAGCAUGUUUGAUUCUCUGCCGGGAGAAUGCCACUGCUCACCGGUGGCUGAUUAGUGAGGCUAUGCCGGAGGAGAUGGGAGCAUUGAUAGCGAAGGAAACUCCGGGACCGCUGCAGAAGCAGGCUUGCAAGACUUUUGUGGAAUGCCUGAUCAUUGGGAAGCAGAAUGCUUUGACGUUGCCUAAGGGCGCACCGAGACAAAGAGUGGAACAGCACCUGCAGUCCUUGCCGGGAGUCGGACAUAUGAUGAAUCGCAUCCUUGGUUUGUAA